AGUCUCUUGUUUGCAGGUUUCCUGGUCAGUGCGUCUGAUGCUGGAGUCUGAGUCACGUCUCUGUGGAUAAUCUCAUCGAGCUGUUCUUCUGAAUACAUCGAUAUGAAGGCGCUAAUAGCGCUGCUGCUGUUGGUCUUUGGUCACGGUGUGUCCUCAGUGAUUCACUCUCUGCAGUAUUUCCUCACGUCGUCGUCUGGACUCCCAACCUUCCCAGAGUUUGUUGCUGUUGCGAUGGUGGAUGGAGUUCAGAUUGGGCACUACGACAGCAGCAUCCAGGGAAUAGCUCUGAAACAGGCCUGGAUGUACCAGUUAUACAGAGAUCAUCCCGGUGAACUGGAGUCGAUGACUGGGAUGGCUCUGUGUGCCCAGCAGAGACUCAAGGCCAAAAUUUUGGAUCUGAAGAAGUGCUUUAACCAAACAGGAACUAUCCACAUUGUUCAGAGGACACUUGGCUGUGAGUGGGAUGAUGAGGAUGAUUCUACUGAUGGUUAUCACCAGUAUGGUUAUGAUGGAGAGGACUUCAUAGCGUUGGACCUGAAGACCCUGACCUGGGUCGCUCCAGUACGUCAGGCUUUCAGCACCAAACAGAGAUGGGAUCAGGAAAGAGCUGGAUUACAAUUCAAUAAGUACUUCCUCACCAAGCAGUGUGUUGAUUGGCUGAAGAUGGUCCUGGCCUAUGGGAAGAGCACUCUGCAGAGAACAGAGCGUCCGCGGGUGUCUCUGCUCCAGAGGAGCCCCUCCUCCCCAGUGGUGUGCCAUGCUACAGGCUUCUACCCUGACAGUGUGGUGGUGUUCUGGAGGAGAGACGGCCAGGAGCUCCAUGAGCACCCCGGGGAGGUCCUCCCCAACCACGACGGGACCUUCCAGGUCAGCGUGGACCUCAACCUCAAGGCCGUCCCACAGGAGGACUGGGGGAGGUACGAGUGUGUGGUCCAGCUGAAAGGCAUCGAGGACAUCUCCACCCCCCUGGACCCCGCCCUCAUCAGGACCAACGGGGGCAAGAGUCCCAUCCUUGUUUUCAUCCUUGCUGGCGUUGCUGUUGUGGCUGUUGUUGCUGCUGCUGCUGCUGCUGCUGUUGUUGGAGUCUUUGUGUACCAGAAGAGGAACGGUGAGCGGAUAAAACUUUCCAGAAGGACAAAUACCUGUCUCCACCUGCCCCUACUUCCUGUCCCCUUCUACCACCAGACCACUAGUGGUCUGGUGGUAGAAACCUCUCCACCUCUGAAUGAUGAACCUCCUCCAAUGUCCACUGAGAUGUUGUGGCAUUAAGAAUAUGAAAGUAUAAUAACAUCAGGAUAUUCACCACUGUUACAACACUAAUCAUUUCACUUGAUCCUUAGAUUCAGACAAGCGACACAAAUCAG